AUGAGGUUACGGGCCAAGAGAAGAAAUCUAGGUCUAACGUACGCAGGAACCGACACCCCGGCCUUCGCGGUGGUCGAAGAACAGCCCAUCAACGCCCGAGCGCCUCACUCGAACGGACUGAUAGACGACCCCUUCAACCCCUUCGCCAAGGAGACGUUCGCCCCGACCUCGUCCGAGAAACCCGCCGGCCGCAGGAGCUUCGCAUCGAGCAUACGGGGAUUUUACCGCAGAAGCCCCCGCGCUCGCACAGGCUGCGAAUCUCCAGGCCUCCACCUACGGGCCCUUGCAGCUCCCCGCGGGCAACGGAGUGAAGAUGUCCCCAUCCUCCCCUACUUCGAGGGAGCCGGCGAGAGGGUCGUAACGCCGCCGCCGCCGGCGAAACUCCGGGGCGACCGAGAGGACGAGGUUGACGGGUUCAGCCUCAAGAGGAGCAGGUCGAGCCUCUCCUUCCACGUACCCCGCAGGCGGGCGACGGGCGGCUCCUCUUCCCACGCCAACACGCCGCUGCAGGGAUCGCCCCGUGUCGCGGAAACGGUGAGGCAGCGGUCCGCGUCGUCGCCCCCGCCACCCGAGGUCCCGCCCAAAUCGCGGGCUAGGGCUAACACGGCGCCCGAGGCUGGCCUGGUGGACACGCUCAAGGAGCGUAUUGCCGAGGCGAUGAUGGAGAGGGAUCGGCUGCAGGAGAUGAUUGAGGACGUGAUUGAGAGGCAAAGCAUUUAUCUGGGUAGCCGCCCUUCGACGGCUCACUCCAUGAGGACCCAGAUCCUUGCUAGUGCCGAAUCCGUCCCGGCGAUCCCAGCUAUGCCUCCCAUGGCUCCCUCGUUUGCCGAACGCCUCAACCCGGACCUUAACCGAAGCGCAACCACCACCCCCGGCCCAUAUGGUCCGUACGGCCCGCAAACGUUUGCGCCGACUCCCCCGCCCGCCCCGCCGACUCCACCUCGCUCGCGCGCGUCUGAUCGGCCCAUCCAGCCGCCUCUGCCGCUGGUUCUCCGUCCGCCGCUCCGCAAGAAGAAGUCGUUUUCGCGCGUGUCCACCUGGCUCUUCCCCAACGCCACCAAUGACGAGUCGGCCGCCCACCACCAGCGCCGAGCCGGUGGCAGGAACGGCAUCAGCAUCGACUCCAUCACCAACGUGCCCCGCCCGGUCCGUGACACGGACGGGUUUUACCACGUGUCGACGGCCUCGACGUGGUCAUCCGAGGACGAGGGCGAGACGGUCCCCACCACGCUUUCGCCCUGCCAAAGCCCGGGCAUGAUGUACACGGGAGUUGGCAGCCUUGACGAAGGGUUUGCCGGACUUCUCGCGGUCCCGGGCGGCCAAGGCUCGCCCCAACAGCAGCAGCAGCGCUUAGACCGCAUGAGCACCUUUGGCGGCGGCCGCAGCGGAAGGAGCGAGGUCUCGAACGGAUCGGGCAUCUCGGGCGCCUCCACCGCGACAGUCGUCGGUGUUGCGUACUAA